AUGAAGAACGCACAGAUGCUGCAAGAGCCUUUGGAUAUCGCCCGCCUCUCGAUGGAGGAGAGGGUCUUCGUGAAGUGCAGAGGAGAGAGACAGCUCAAAGGAACUCUGCACUCUUAUGACGUUCACCUGAAUUUGGUGCUGGCGAAUGCGGAGGAGACCCUGACGGUUGUUGAUGAGAACAACAAACUCUCGAAAACCGUGAGGAAGCUGCCUCUGAUAUUUGUACGGGGCGAUGCUGUCGUUCUUCUGUCUCCUCUUGGGGAGUCUUAA